AAUGAAUUUAGUUGUGUUUGUGUCCUCUUAAGUGGAACCAUUAUUUUUUUGUCAUAGAGGGCCGUUAUUUCUGAUACACAGAUGGGGGCUUAAAAAGACAUGGAUGUAGCUAACUUCAGGAAUGAAAAACGUGCUUAAUUUAUAACCAAAGCUGAAGAAUGCAGCUGCCUGUUAAUAAUACUGCAAUAAACCAGCAAGUGGGUUUAUAACACCCCUGUUAAGAAAUGAGAACUCUGAAGCUGUUGUGGAUUGCACUGGGGAUCGUUACCACUCUGGCAGUAUUUUUUUCUUACAAGGCUGUGAAACCGCACAGUGAGAGCGGGCUGCAGGGAUAUGUCUGCCUCUCUACUGGUCAGCCACUGGAUUUCCACUGCAAACAAUGUGCCCUUGUGUCCAAUUCGGGUCAGAUGCUGGGGGCACGGAAAGGGAAAGAGAUCGACCAAUCGGAUUGCGUGGUGCGCAUGAACAACGCCCCCACCCUGGGGUACGAGGAUGACGUGGGCAGCAAGACCAGCCUCCGGGUCAUCUCUCACACCAGCGUGCCGCUGCUGCUCCGGAACGAGACUCGCUUCUUCAGACAGGAGGCUGACACUGUGUAUGUGGUCUGGGGGCCUGAGAGGAACAUGAGGCAGGAUGGGAAGGGCAGAGUCUACAACGCUCUGGUGAAAGUGACGGAAAAGUACCCUGAUGCUCACAUCUACAUGCUGACCAGGGAGAAGAUGCUUGAGUGUGACGGCAUCUUUCAGAAUGAAACUGGAAAAGACAGGAUUAAAUCUGGGUCCUUCCUCAGCACUGGGUUCUUCACAAUGAUUCUGGCUUUAGGCAUGUGUGACAGUAUUCAAGUCUAUGGCAUGAUCAAUGACAACUAUUGCAGCCGAGCCGAUCACAACACAGUGCCUUACCAUUACUAUGAGAAAGGGAGGCUGGAUGAGUGCCAGAUGUACAGAGCCCACGAGAAAGCAGCCAGGGGGGGGCACCGCUUCAUCACAGAGAAAGCCAUCUUUGCAAAGUGGGCCACACGCAAAAACCUGACCUUCUCGAACCCCUCCUGGGCAGAGAGCAACACUGUUUAAGAGCACUGACCAUUUCUCUUUGAUAGUAUUAUAAGGGGUAUUGCUGUAUUAUCUAACAGACUGACCGCUAGCCAAAGCUUAUUUGGGGCUAUUGAAUGAUGCCUCUUUACUGACGUACUGUAGGGACAACAGACAGUAGGAUUGAUAAUGCAUGUAUUUUAUACAUAUAGCAGUCAAUGUAUUAGAUACUGGUUCCAGUUUAUCAGAUAAUGCAGCUUGUUACAUGCCUACACAGUGUUUUUGUAUUUAUUGCUGUAUAGUAUUGAUGAAACCACGGUUUAGAAAUUGUCUUAUUUAUAUGCAAUCCUCUCAAAUUGAGCUGAUAAUUGUAAUAUGAAUAGGUGCCAGCAGGGGGCACUACCACGCCUUACUUUAUGAAUCAUGUCGUGUACUUUUGUUUCUGCAUGAGUUCCUAUUGAAAACGUUGUGUCUUGCAAGCAAGAUGUGAUUUUAGUGGACAGGUUAGAACUGAACUCGGUGUUGGUGGGCAGUGUUUACAGUAUCUAGUCAAAGUGAGAUGCUGUUGACUCAUUUUUUUAAUGCACUUUUCAAUUUCAAAUGCACUUUUCUGUUUCAAGUAAGUGGGACUUAUCUAUUCCACUGCAAAUAUGAAUAAAAUAUAUUUGUGUCUAGAAAAUAAGAAUCCUACAAAGGUGGAGAGAGGUUGAAAUCAUGUGGAAUUCUGUGUUGAGGCAAUGUGUGUGUUACAUUAAUAUAUUACAGUAUUUUAAGCCUUAUUUCAAGGUAUGUGCCUACUUCUCAGUGUGACUUAGUUUAUUAUAGCAAGCACUUCGCAGGUGAGCUGUAAAGGCUAAUCAUGGAUAUUGUACCAAUUUACACCUUCCUUUUCCAAAAUGUAUUUUUUAUAAUGCACAGUAUUUGUAUAGUGAUCACUGAACUAAUGAGAAGAUUAUGCACGCUUUAUUGAUCUUCUUUAAAUACCACACCCAGUCGUGUUUUUUUUUUUUUACGCCUGGGGAUAAUUUAUUAUUUAAAAGCCAAAGCAGACCCAGAGAAUGUAGCCUUGCUAUAGUACUGUAAGGAAGCUAAAAUUUAAAGGUUAAUCACAUCUGUUAUACCAGAGCUUUUACUGUUUUUGCUACAUAAGAGCAUGCAAUCUAUACUCAAAUGUAUUCAUCUUGUUGUACAGUAAAUGUUUUGCAUAGAUCCAUUAUGACUUGUAUGCUGUGGUAAACAAAAACUUAAAAUCAUAAACAGGUCCUCUAAAUUCCUGGGUGACGUUCCUGAUAGCCUGUAAAAGUAAGUCAUGAUGCCGAACUGCAGAAGGCAAGUCUUAAAUGGCAGCAUUAGAGUGCCUGCCUUUGUGUCACCUUACUUUGUAUUAUAUACAGUGGUGUAAAAUAUUAAUUUCCCUGCUAGACUGAACUCUGGACAUUUCUCGACCAAAGAACAGGAAGGAAUAGACAUCAAAAUGUUAUACCCAAAGAUAAAACCUAUUAGCGAUUGUAUUUCUGUUCAACGCACUUGUAUUUAUUUAAUUUAGUGUGCUAGUAGUAUUAAUUAUUAUUUAUAUAACUGCAAGCUGAAAUCCUAUUUAUCAGUAUAUAGGGGCAUGCCAAAGACCUAUUAAUGGUCAGCUGUCUUGAGUGGUUUUGUUCCUAGAGUUCUGUUUUCAGGUAGAAACGUGUGUUUUAUCCGAAAGCUUAAACAGAUACAACUUGCUAUCUGCACUGUAUGUUGCAUGGUUUGAUUGCUGCCAGAUCUUUUGGAGUGAUUCUAAUUUAAAUGACAGAAAAGUUAUUUCUAACCGGGAGCCACUGAAACUUUUGCAAGGAGAAUCACACAGAGCUUUAGAGUAAUGUAUUUUAUAUACAACAAUGAAAGUGGAUCUACUCCCUUGUUUAAGGUACUGAUACCCAAUAUUUGUUGAUGCUGAUUUAUCAAGCAUGUUUACUGUGGCCAGAAUACUGUAUUAAGUUCAGCCUCACUGUGUGACCAUCUGCACUUUUGAAUGUUAUGUGCAUUUAAAUGAUCCUGUGCCUUCUGUUUUAAGAUGUAUUUAUUUGGAGCUCACACUAGACCUCCUCAGUGCUAUUAAACUGCAAAUUCCUAGUGAAAACUUUGUAAGUGGUAUUAGGUGUGUUAUUCAAGAUGAUGUUUUUUUUAAAGAUGUACAUUUCUUAUACUUUAAUCACACAAGAGGCUACCUAUUCACAUUAAACUAGCUUUAAAAUCGA